AUGAGAUGUCACAAACCACGGGUUGUAACUCCAGGUGGCAAACCCCAGGUUGUAACUCCAGGUGUCAAACUACAGAUUGUAACUCCAGGUCGCAAACCACGACUUGUAACUCUAGGUCACGAACCACAGGUUGUACCUCCAGGUCGCAAACCACAGGUUGUAACUCCAGAUCACAAACCUCGGGUUGUAACUCCAGGUCACAAACUACAGGCUGUAACUCUAGUUCACAAACCACAGGUUGUAACUCCAGGUCGCAAACCACAGGUUGUGGUUGUAACUCCAGGUCGCAAACCACAGGUUGUAACUCAAGGUCACAAAUCACAGGUUGUAACUCCAGGUGACAAACCACAUGUUGUAACUCCAGGUCGCAAACCACGGGUUGUAACUCUAGGUCACAAACCGCAGGUUGUAUAUCCAGGUCGCAAACCACGGCUUGUAACUCCAGGUCAUAUUCCACAGGUUGUAAGUCCAAAUGACAAACCACGUGUUGUAACUCCAGGUCGCAAACCACGGCUUGUAACUCCAGGUCACAAACCACAUGUUGUAUCUCCAGGUCACAAACCACAUGUUGUAUCUCCAGGUCACAAACCACGGGUUGUAACUCCAGGUCACAAACCACGGCUUGUAACUCCAGGUCACAAACCAGUUGUAACUCCAGGUGUCAAACCACGGAUUGUAACUCCAGGUGACAAACCACAGGUUGUAACUCCAGGUCACAAACCACAGGUUCUAACUCCAGGUCACGAACCACGGGUUGUAACUCCAGGUCGCAAACCACGACUUGUAACUCUAGGUCACGAACCACAGCUUGUUGUAUCUCCAGGUCACGAACUACAGGUUGUAACUCCAUGUGACAAACCACGGGUUGUAACUCCAGGUGACAAACCACGGGUUAUAACUCCAGGUAAGAAAACACGAGUUCUAACUCCAGGUGACAAACCACGGGUUGUAACUCCAGGUGACAAACCCCAUGUUGUAACUCCAGUUGCCAAACCACAGGUUGUCACAAACCCACGGGUUGUAACUCAAGGUGACAAACCACUUGUUGUAACUCUAUGUCACAAACCACAGGUUGUUACUCCAGGUCACAAACCACAGGUUGUAACACCAGGUGACAAACCACAGGUUGUAACUCUAGGUCACGAACCACAGGUUGUAACUCCAGGUCACGAACCACUGGUUGUAACUCCAGGUCGCAAACCACGACUUGUAACUCUAGUUCACGAACCACAGGUUGUACCUCCAGGUCGCAAACCACAGGUUGUAAGCCAAGAUCACAAACCUCGGGUUGUAACUCCAGGUCACAAACCACAGGCUGUAACUCUAGGUAGGAAAACACGAGUUCUUACUCCAGGUGACAAACCACGGGUUGUAACUCCAGGUGACAAACCCCAGCUUGUAACUCCAGAUGACAAACCCCAGGUUGUAACUCCAGGUGACAAACCACAGGUUGUAACUCCAGGUCGCAAACCACAGGUUGUGGUUGUAACUCCAGGUCGCAAACCACAGGUUGUAACUCAAGGUCACAAAUCACAGGUUGUAACUCUAGGUCACGAACCACAGGUUGUAACUCCAGGUCGCAAACCACGGGUUGUAACUCUAGGUCACAAACCGCAGGUUGUAUAUCCAGGUCGCAAACCACGGCUUGUAACUCCAGGUCAUAUUCCACAGGUUGUAAGUCCAAAUGACAAACCACGUGUUGUAACUCCAGGUGUCAAACCCCAGGUUGUAACUCCAGGUGUCAAACCACGGAUUGUAACUCCAGGUGACAAACCACAGGUUGUAACUCCAGGUCACAAACCACAGGUUCUAACUCCAGGUCACGAACCACGGGUUGUAACUCCAGGUCACAAACCACAGGUUGUAUCUCCAGGUCACGAACUACAGGUUGUAACUCCAUGUGACAAACCACGGGUUGUAACUCCAGGUGACAAACCACGGGUUAUAACUCCAGGUAAGAAAACACGAGUUCUAACUCCAGGUGACAAACCACGGGUUGUAACUCCAGGUGACAAACCCCAUGUUGUAACUCCAGUUGCCAAACCACAGGUUGUAACUCCAGGUCACAAACCGCAGGUUGUAUCUCCAGGUCGCAAACCUCGGCUUGUAACUCCAGGUCAUAUACCACAGGUUGUAAGUCCAAGUGACAAACCACGUGUUGUAACUCCAGGUUGCAAACAACGGCUUGUAACUCCAGGUCACAAACCACAUGUUGUAUCUCCAGGUCACAAACCACGGGUUGUAACUCCAGGUGACAAACCACAGGUUGUAACUCUAGGUCACGAACCACAGGUUGUAACUCCAGGUCACGAACCACUGGUUGUAACUCCAGGUCGCAAACCACGACUUGUAACUCUAGUUCACGAACCACAGGUUGUACCUCCAGGUCGCAAACCACAGGUUGUAAGCCAAGAUCACAAACCUCGGGUUGUAACUCCAGGUCACAAACCACAGGCUGUAACUCUAGGUAGGAAAACACGAGUUCUUACUCCAGGUGACAAACCACGGGUUGUAACUCCAGGUGACAAACCCCAGCUUGUAACUCCAGAUGACAAACCCCAGGUUGUAACUCCAGGUCACAAACCACGGGUUGUAACUCCAGGUGGCAAACCCCAGGUUGUAACUCCAGGUGUCAAACUACAGAUUGUAACUCCAGGUCGCAAACCACGACUUGUAACUCUAGGUCACGAACCACAGGUUGUACCUCCAGGUCGCAAACCACAGGUUGUAACUCCAGAUCACAAACCUCGGGUUGUAACUCCAGGUCACAAACCACAGGCUGUAACUCUAGGUCACAAACCACAGGUUGUAACUCCAGGUCGCAAACUACAGGUUGUAACUCAAGGUCACAAAUCACAGGUUGUAACUCCAGGUAACAAAACACGAGUUGUAACUCCAGGUGACAAACCCCAGGUUGUAACCCCAGGUGACAAACCCCAUGUUGUAACUCCAGAUGACAAACCACAGGUUGUAACUCCAGGUGACAAACCACAUGUUGUAACUCCAGGUCGCAAACCACGGGUUGUAACUCUAGGUCACAAACCGCAGGUUGUAUAUCCAGGUCGCAAACCACGGCUUGUAACUCCAGGUCAUAUUCCACAGGUUGUAAGUCCAAGUGACAAACCACGUGUUGUAACUCCAGGUCGCAAACCACGGCUUGCAACUCCAGGUCACAAACCACAUGUUGUAUCUCCAGGUGUCAAACCCCAGGUUGUAACUCCAGGUGUCAAACCACGGAUUUUAACUCCAGGUGUCAAACCACAGGUUGUAACUCCAGGUCACAAACCACAGGUUGUAUCUCCAGGUCACGAACUACAGGUUGUAACUCCAUGUGACAAACCACGGAUUGUAACUCCAGGUGACAAACCACGGGUUAUAACUCCAGGUAAGAAAACACAAGUUCUAACUCCAGGUGACAAACCACGGGUUGUAACUCCAGGUGACAAACCCCAUGUUGUAACUCCAGUUGACAAACCACAGGUUGUUGUUACUCCAGGUCACAAACCACAGGUUGUAACACCAGGUCGCAAACCAUGGCUUGUAACUCAAGGUCACAUAACCACGGGUUGUAACUCCAGGUCGCAAACCACGGGUUGUCGCAAACCACGGGUUGUAACUCUAGGUCACAAACCGCAGGUUGUAUCUCCAGGUCGCACACCUCGGCUUGUAACUCCAGGUCAUAUACCACAGGUUGUAAGUCCAAGUGACAAACCACGUGUUGUAACUCCAGGUCACGAACCACAGGUUGUACCUCCAGAUCGCAAACCACAGGUUGUAACUCCAGAUCACAAACCUCGGGUUGUAACUCCAGGUCACAAACCACAGGCUGUAACUCUAGGUCGCAAACCACGGCUUGUAACUCUAGGUCGCAAACCACGACUUGUAACUCUAGGUCACGAACCACAGGUUGUACCUCCAGGUCGCAAACCACAGGUUGUAACUCCAGAUCACAAACCUCGGGUUGUAACUCCAGGUCACAAACCACAGGCUGUAACUCUAGGUGACAAACCACGGGUUAUAACUCCAGGUGUCAAACCACGGAUUGUAACUCCAGGUGACAAACCACGGGUUGUAACUCCAGGUCAUAUACCACAGGUUGUAAGUCCAAGUGACAAACCCCAGGUUGUAACUCCAGGUGUCAAACCCCGGAUUGUAACUCCAGGUGACAAACCACAGGUUGUAACUCUAGGUCACGAACCACAGGUUGUAACUCCAGGUCACGAACCACUGGUUGUAACUCCAGGUCGCAAACCACGACUUGUAACUCUAGUUCACGAACCACAGGUUGUACCUCCAGGUCGCAAACCACAGGUUGUAAGCCAAGAUCACAAACCUCGGGUUGUAACUCCAGGUCACAAACCACAGGCUGUAACUCUAGGUAGGAAAACACGAGUUCUUACUCCAGGUGACAAACCACGGGUUGUAACUCCAGGUGACAAACCCCAGCUUGUAACUCCAGAUGACAAACCCCAGGUUGUAACUCCAGGUCACAAACCACGGGUUGUAACUCCAGGUGGCAAACCCCAGGUUGUAACUCCAGGUGUCAAACUACAGAUUGUAACUCCAGGUGACAAACCACAGGUUGUCACAAACCACAGGCUGUAA